CACAUGCGCAGCGAGGCGUCGUGAUUGGGCCGUCGAUCCGCUUAGAAGCUGAAAAUUCCCCUUCCUGACAAAUAUUUUGCAAUAAUAUUAGUUACACCCAUGUGUGGGUAACUUAAAAUAUAUUUGGCGUAAUUUCGAAUCAUUCUAGUCAUUAUAGCACUAGACCUCAUUUAACGCUCUGAUAAAUUUCGAAAGUGUCAGUUCUAAUUUUAGUGAAUGAAUAUGCCGGUCCAUAACCAAGGAAAACGAAGUGAUUAUCCCAUAAACGUGAAAAGUGCAAUCCCGAAGCACAGACAGGAACUCCUGAAAUGGAACGGAUGGGGUUACAAGGAUUCGAAAUUCGUGUAUAAAAAUGACGCCGUAUAUUUCACAGGAAAAAGGUAUCCGAUCGGUGAACUAAGAUUACCGCAUCUGAUUAAAUUCGGCACUGAACAGCUCAAUAUAGACCUGACGAAGCCUGGUAUUCAGGGACGCGAAUUGCCCAUAGAAUCAGACUACUCGCCACCUAAAGUGUCACCAGAAAUAUUGGUGCAACUGGACAAUGUCAGAAUAUCGUAUUCCAUCGAAAUAACGGAUCGGGUGGUCCACGCACACGGGCAUACGUUGAAAGACAUUUACACUUUGAGGAAUUCGGUUUUCGAAAGGAUACCUGAUGUAGUCGUUUGGCCUAGAAGUCAUCAAGAUGUUGUGGAACUUGUCAAAAUUGCCGAUACACACGAUAUGGUGAUAAUACCCUUUGGAGGUGGAACUUCCGUAUCGGGAGCCGUGGAGUGUCCAUCGAAGGAAACCAGAACCAUCAUUUCUCUGGAUACCUCCCAGAUGAAUCGGAUCUUAUGGCUAGACAAGGAGAACCUGGUGGUAUGUUGCGAAAGCGGCAUUAUCGGCCAAGAUCUCGAAAGGGAGUUAGCCAAAUUAGGUUACACCUCGGGUCACGAGCCGGAUAGUUACGAGUUCUCGAGUCUGGGCGGUUGGGUGGCAACCAGAGCCUCCGGUAUGAAGAAGAACACCUACGGCAAUAUAGAAGACCUAAUCGUUCACGUGAAAAUGGUGACCCCUCUUGGCGUCCUUCAAAAGAAUACGCAGGCCCCUCGAAUCAGUUGCGGGCCAGACUUUAACCAUGUCAUUAUGGGCUCCGAGGGCUCUUUGGGGGUAGUUACGGAAGUGGCGAUCAAAAUUCGACCCUUGCCUCAGUGUAGACGUUACGGCUCAAUAGUUUUCCCGGAUUUCGCUGCCGGGGUGAAGUGUAUGAGGGAAGUCGCCAGGAAGAGAUGUCAACCGGCUUCGAUCCGCCUUAUGGACAACGACCAGUUCAAAUUCGGUUUGAUCUUGAAGCCGGAAAGCUCGUGCGGGGGAGCACUGUUGGACGGUCUCAAAAAAUUCUACAUUACCAAACUCAAGGGUUUCGAUCCCGACCGAAUGUGCGUGAUGACGUUGUUGUUCGAGGGCGACGAGUCGGAAGUGAAGAGCAGUGAGAAAAGGGUGUACGCGAUUGGUACUCGUUUUGGUGGCUUAUCGGCCGGACAGACGAACGGCGAGAGGGGGUACAUGUUGACCUUCGUGAUUGCUUACAUAAGGGAUUUGGCGAUGGGGUACAAAGUAGUUGGCGAAUCAUUCGAAACGUCCGUUCCUUGGGACAGAGUGCUAACUCUAGUCGCAAACGUAAAAACUGUCGUUGCACAAGAAUGUCGCAAGCAAGGCAUCACGUAUUACGUUUUCAACGCCAGAGUCACGCAAACUUACGACGCUGGUUGCGUUGUUUACUUUUACUUGGGAUUUAACUACAGCAAUAUUACUGAUCCCGUCCACGUUCAUCACACCAUCGAAGAAAAAGCUAGGGACGAGAUAGUUAAUUGUGGCGGCAGCAUAUCCCAUCAUCACGGAGUGGGUAAGCUGAGGACUAAAUGGUACCCGGGUACCAUAUCAAAGGUCGGUGUUAAUUUGUAUCUCGCCGCGAAGAAAGAACUGGAUCCGAAGAAUAUUUUCGCAACUAACAAUUUAGUUAGUAGUAUACCCAAAGCUAAGUUAUAAAAAAGUGCGGAAAUACGAAAGCUCGAGCAACACUUUAGAAUAAUUUUGUCACUUUACUUUUCCACGGUAAUACCAAAGCGACUUUCAUUUAGUAUUUUGUUUCUAUAAAUCAAGUGCGAACUUAUGCGUUCGUCUUUGUGUGGCCAUUUACCAAAAAAGAAAUAGGUUUAGGUUUGCUGUUUGUAACGUGCGUUGUUCGUCGUAUUGUUUUCAAUAAAAUUGAUUUAAUGUU